ACUGUUUGAAUGUCACCACCAUGUCACCCAACUGUUUGAAUGCCACCACAAUGUCACCAUUCUAUCCGUGCACACAACAAAACAAAACCACCUGUGUCAUCGGACCAGAGGAUUACGCCGGACAUGUGUGGAUUAGUUUUAGGAUUACAGUUUUCCAUACAGCCUGGAUGAACCGACCAAAGGAGUCGAUGGUCUUAGACAUGGUCAACUUGAAUGCCACCAUGUUUUACCAGAUGAAGGUCAGGGAGAAAACUAAACCCGGACCGCCAGAGAAUGUAACGGCAGUGCGGGUUAAUGCGGGUUGCAUCAACGUGUCGUGGAGCGAACCUCAGGUUUUCAGCAACUGCUCCAUGUGUGAGAAAAAAUAUCAAGUGGAUGUCAGAGAUGGCAAUGGGUCAAAGGUCGUGAGCAAUGCUAUGGUUAAAGCUAAACCUUACCCCAAGUCUGGCGAGAAGGUACAGGUGUGUCUGGUCAAGCCGUACCGUGAGUACAAAGUUUACCUGCGCUUGUCUGGUGACACCCUCAGCACGUGGAGUGAUUGGGCGACAGUUGAUUUCACAACACAAAAUAGUAUUCCAACAAGCGGUCCACCACUGGAUGAAACUAGCUACCACACUGAGCUGUGUGACGCAAAUAGCAGGGACGUGACGGUGUACUGGCAAACGCCCCCCUCUUAUGGCGAGGGUGUGGAGUUGUUAGGCUUCAAAGUUUCUUGGGGUCACACAACCACCUUCUUGAGUCCUGAGUUGAGAUAUUUCCAGAGGAAUGCCAACUGCCUCAUGCAACACACCAUCGAAAUCUACUCACUAACCAACCUGGGCGAGUCUCUAACACCAUCUAAUAUACUCAUACCGGAAGAGAAAAAUGAAUUAGAGACAAGAGAAAUAGAUUUCAGAGUGGAAGAAGACUUCGAUCCGAAAGUUUCAAUAAACACAAAGAAUAUCCUAGUCAUGUGGGAUGGGACCUACCUUAGCAGUGUAACGAUUGUCAUCUAUAUAUGUCAAGAGUUUUAUUUACCUAAAACAUGUUCUAACGAUCAGCUGAUCUUUAAAAUACCCGCCACAGUCAGUCUGCUGAAUGUAACCGACCUGAGCGUGUCAGAGAAUCUGUUUGGGUACGCACUGGAGCACAUCGAUGGCAGAAAACAUGGCAUCACGUGGACCAACUGCGUCUAUCGUCCUGAAACUGUUCCAGAAAAGCCCACCAAAGUGAGCGUCGUGUCGGGUCAGUCCUACGGUUCUAUAACCGUCAUCUGGGAGUCGAGUCAGUGCAGCAGGGAGACAAAAGUCUUCAUCAGAUACUACGAGAUCUCCGUCUGUCGUCUGCAGCAAGAUAUUUUCCCCGACACCAACUGCACACUGUAUCAAGUUAGUUCCAGCCACAACAACUAUAACGUCCUCGACCUAGACGACGCCACGUUGUACCUGGUCUACAUUAGAGCCGUCACUAAUUUUACCAAAAGUCCGUUUUCUGACCCACAGACAGCUUUAACUCGAGCUGGUAAGAUCAACAAAUUUGCAGUUCUUAUUCCUUUUAUUUUCCCGGUAGUGGCGAUGAUUACAAUGUGUGUAGGAUGUUUCUUAUGGUACAUGUGUUCAACGGUCCACUAAACUGCCAGUUAUCUAGGAGAUAUAGAUGGUCAGAUGUCCAGUUAUCUAGGAGACCUAGAUGGUCAGAUGUCCAGUUAUCUAGGAGACCUAGAUGAUCAGAUGUCCAGUUAUCUAGGAGACCUAGAUGGUCAGAUGUCCAGUUAUCUAGGAGACCUAGAUGGUCAGAUGUCCAGUUAUCUAGGAGACCUAGAUGGUCAGAUGUCCAGUUAUCUAGGAGACCUAGAUGGUCAGAUGUCCAGUUAUCUAGGAGACCUAGACGGUCAGAUGUCCAGUUUUCUAGGAGACCUAGAUGGUCAGAUGUCCAGUUUUCUAGAGAUUUAUGAUAGAUGUAAUUGGACCUAAUGCUUGAAUGAGGGCAACCUUUGAUGAAAUAUUUAAUUACUUUGUUCGCUAUUAAAUAAAAUUGUGU